AUGGAGCAGACAUCAUCGGGGAGUGCCAGCACUAAACCCAACCGCUUCCUGAUGCUGUGGUUUUUGUUGAGGACAAUGCUAGUCACUCACAGCGGGGAGGAGUCUAGCCAGCCUGAAGAUGACCAGGUAGCAGUUGCAGACACCAUCCAGCCUCCAGAGGAUGAUGCUCUAGCCAAAGUCAGUCUGCCCAGAAAGCUGCCUUCUAUUGUUGAGAUUAAAAAGACUAUACCUCAGAAUUGCUUUGAGUCCAACGUACCUCUUUCUAUCUACUACAUGUUGAAGGACUUUGCCUCUAUUGCAUGUCUGUAUUUUGUGGUAGAUUGGACGUGGCAAGGGCUGCCUCUCAUCACACAGGCGUUCAUCACUCCAGUCUACUGGCUGGUGCAAGGUACAUUGUUUACUGCUGUGUUCGUGGCAGGCCAUGACGCUGGACACGGGUCAUUCUCAGGCUCCGAGUUAGUCAACACUAUCUGUGGCAAUCUCUGCCACACAUUUCUCUUUUGCCCAUACUACAUGUGGAAG